AUGCUUAAAUAGAAAAAAAUCUGCCAUUUGUUAAUCUUCACGACAAAAGUAAUGCAUACAUAUAUGAUUUAAUAACAAACAGCUCGUUUGAAUCUCUUAGGCUUGUUCUAAAUAUAAACCUGUAGCCUCACAUUAUUAGUUUCAGGCUCUUUUGCUUUGAGUUAAGGAGCACAAUAUCGGACAUCAACGUGAAGCAUUAAGAAAGGUAAAAUAUCUCAAUAAAUUGCUCCGCUGAAUGAUGAGUCUUUCAGCUCUCUGAAUGUGGCGCACUGUAUGCCGACGGUCGCAGUGGAAAGCGUCAGGUCCGAGCCAAUGGCAGUAAGCGUGAUCUGCUAUUGGUUAACAGAGCGAUCACUGCCAACCCGUGACUCCGCCCAUGCUCGUAAGAUAUGGAAUCUACUGGCGCCAGGUCCGACAGUACACAGGCACAAUUCAUUAAUGAGACAUCUCUCCGCUUCAGACAGCCGCAGAGGUUUUUAGAGAGACUUUUAACAAUCGAGCAGCCGACAAUUCAAAGCUGUGCAAAUUACGAAUGUCAACAGACGUCCUGAGGAUUAACAUUCUUUGUAAAGGACUAACACGGCAUUAAAUAAACAGGAUUGGAGUGCUGAAAUGCUGCUUUGCGCUGUGAUCCUGAGGAUUGUUGAAAACCCGAGGAUUGUGUAAAGCCAAGGACCUUUAUUUCUCAAAAAUAAAGGCUUGUGCAGAAAGUGAAUAGGGGCAUCAGAAGCACCAUUUUUACUGUAGCCUAGGCAAACGACAAAUAUUGUAAUAUUUUACUGGACCGUGGUGUUGCUCCUGUCAGCGUCUAAAACGAUUUCAGUAAGCAGACUUUUAGAAGGAAAAAAACGGGCCCUUUAGAAAUGGAGGUUGCGUCCGAUCAGUCUCGGUGGAUGGCCCAUCAUCAUGCGGUACUCAAUGGUCAGCACCCAGACUCCCAUCACCACGGGCUUACACACAACUACAUGGAGCCCAUGGCGCCUCUUCUGCCACCGGACGAGGUGGAUGUGUUCUUGAACCACUUGGACUCGCAGGGUAAUCCUUACUACCCCAACUCACGAGCCAGGGUCUCCUACGGACAAGCGCACGCUCGUCUCACGGGAGGUCAGGUCUGCCGACCACACCUCAUACACAGCCCCGGUAUUCCCUGGCUGGACAGCGGUAAAGCAGCGCUCUCUGCCGCCCACCACAACGCCUGGGCGGUGAGUCACUUCGGCAAGCCCGGCCUGCACCACGCCAGCGCCGGUUACCCGUGCAGCAGCAGUUCCAGCACGGCUCCCGUCUCUUCUCUUACAUCUGCGACCCAUUCCAGUCCGCAUCCCCUCUACAAUUUCCCCCCGACCCCACCGAAAGACGUCUCCCCGGAUCCCGGUCCCUCUUCCCCGACCUCCACCACGGCAAGAAUGGACGAGAAGGAGUCCAUUAAGUACCAACUGUCUAUCGCUGAUGGGAUGAAAAUGGAGGGAUGUAGUCCCCUUCGGGGCAGCCUGGCAAUGAGCGCUCAGACACCGUCCACGCAUCAUCCCAUCCCUACCUACCCGACAUAUUCUCUGCCCACGCCACACGACUACGGCAGCGGUCUGUUUCACCCGGGAACUCUCCUCAGUGGAUCAGCGUCCAGUUUCACACCCAAAUGCAAAAGCAAGACACGAUCGUGCUCAGAGGGGCGUGAGUGUGUGAACUGCGGAGCCACCUCCACCCCGCUGUGGCGGCGGGACGGGACGGGCCACUACCUCUGCAACGCGUGCGGCCUGUACCACAAGAUGAACGGCCAGAACAGACCCCUCAUCAAGCCCAAGCGCAGACUGUCUGCUGCGAGACGGGCCGGCACCUGCUGCGCGAACUGCCAGACGACCACGACCACUCUGUGGCGGCGCAACGGGAACGGCGACCCGGUGUGCAACGCCUGCGGGCUCUACUACAAACUCCACAACGUCAACAGGCCACUGACCAUGAAAAAAGAGGGCAUCCAAACACGCAACCGCAAGAUGUCCAGCAAGUCCAAGAGGAGUAAGCGAUCCGGAGAAGGUUUCGAGGAGCUCUGCAGGACAAGCAUGCAGGACAAGACCUCUCCGUUUGGCAGCGCUCUGGCAAGCCACAUGCCACACAUGGGCCACCUGCCACCUUUCAGCCACUCCGGACACAUGCUGCCCACGCCGACUCCCAUCCACCCGUCGUUCAGCCACCCGCACCAUUCCAGCCGGUCUCCCGCAUGGGCCGAACCUCACUGAAGUUCCACCUUCACGUGCAUUCCCUCAGCAGAGGCCUCCGCCGCGGCGAACAUCUCCAUGCACCCCCUCCCUUCAACAUCUUCCACAGGAGAGGGGGUUCAUGUUGGGUUAAUUUCUGGAAGGACUGUGAUGACAUCGACGACCAUGUCGACUUGUAUAGAGGACGGUUUGUAAGCACGUUUCCUUCUUCAGGCUCACUGGACGCUGAGAACACUCACAGAGAAGAGGGAGAGAGCUUUCUUUGCUUUCAGCUUCUCAUUUUACUGAGUCACUUUGGUACUGUCCUGAAAGAGAGGAUGUGUGUGCAGAAUCACUGUGUGGCAGUUUCAUUGAAGACAGCCGCCUCAGAACUACAUUUGGCUCUCUUGCAAAGGACUCACAUUGACUCUAAACAUAAGAAAGAGAGAGAGAGAGAGAGAGAGAGACCACUAACUCUAUCCCCCUAACAUGCUGGAAUACGUGGUUCCCUCUGAGCGGACUCUACGGAUACGACAUACGCAAACAAAUGUUUAUAAAGGUUAAUUGUUAUUAUCGUUAUUGUUAUAAUUGUUAUUAUGAUAAUUUAUUUUCACUCUUUAUCUCUUGUUUUGCUUUCCUCAGAACACAUUGUUAUAUCAUAAACAUUAUUUGAUUGGUAUUGAUGAAAAAAACACUGACCUAUCCUAGCCAAGGCCAUGUUGCCGAGCUGUACGUUUUUAUCAUUUUCCAUUACGCAAAUAAAGGAAAUAAAGUU